CGAGCCGGUACCUGGGACCGCGCCGCUCGCUGCGGUCCCGGUCCCGCUCCGCACGGCUCGGCAAGUUGCUGCUCGGCUUUAUACUUCUCGGUGCAGCUCGAUCCGGAGCGGUACCGCUCGGCUCGGUGCAGUCCGGCGCGGCUCGACUCGGUUCGCCCCGGUGCGGCGCGACUGGGCGGGCCGGGAGCUCCGGCAGGUCCCGGGCUGCCGUGCCGGGGCUCGGCCGUGCGCGGGGCUCCCCAGCGUGGCUGCAGCGCCAUCGCCAAGAGGAAUGCUGAAACGAAGGGGCUAAUGAGCACCAGAGAGGGAGGAUCUAUAACUUCCAGAUGGCGAUGAGCCCGUAAUCCCUUUGGGAAGAAUUAGGGAUUCAUCUGCACGGCAGAGACCGGAGAGGGGAGCAAAGAACAACGCCACCAGCUCUGGGAGUGCUGCGAGAGGCCGAGGGCAUCCCGAUGCCGGCCGCCCAGCCCCGAGCUGCCUGGCUUUGUCUCACGGAGCCCUCGUGCUGCUGGGAGCCCGUCUCCAAGUGCUGAACUAUUUCUUGCUGUAAUUGAUUGCAUGUUCUCCAACCAAACCCCAUCCGGGUCCUGCUCCUCCCGACGCAGAGAGGGACUGUUGCCCUUAACUGAAAGACUUCUGUCUUCUUAUUUUUAUGUCCCGUGGGAUUGUUAAGCAUCAUUCUUGCUGGAUUUUAUUUCCCAUCGAAGUGCGUUUUGAGGAAUUACGGGCUUAUUCCUAUGGCUUUAUAAACUGCCAGGAUCCGAAGGUCUCUGCCUUCCGCAUCACUGCUGCUCCCACCUGUCUGCAAUGGGGCGAGAGCAGGAGCUGAUCCAGGCCGUGAAGAACAGGGAUGUACCCAGCGUGCAGAAACUGGUGGCCAAGAUCAAGGCAUCCAAGAGCAAGCUCCUGGGAUCUGCCAAGCGUCUGAACGUGAACUACCAGGAUGCAGAUGGGUUCUCGGCGCUGCACCACGCGGCCCUGGGCGGCAGCCUGGACCUCAUCUCCCUGCUGCUGGAGGCACAGGCCACCGUCGACAUCAAGGACAGCAACGGGAUGCGGCCCCUGCACUACGCGGCCUGGCAGGGGCGCGUGGAGCCGGUGCGGGCGCUGCUCCGCGCUGCUGCCUCCGUCAACAUGGCCUCGCUGGACGGGCAGAUCCCGCUGCACCUCUCGGCGCAGUACGGCCACUACGAGGUGUCGGAGAUGCUGCUCCAGCACCAGUCCAACCCCUGUCUCAUCAAUAAGGCAAAGAAAACUCCUCUGGACCUGGCCUGCGAGUUUGGGAGGCUGAAGGUGGCCCAGCUGCUGCUGAACAGCCAUCUGUGUGUCGCCCUUCUGGAGGGACAGUCGAAGGAUGCCACUGACCCCAACUACACCACCCCACUGCACCUGGCAGCCAAGAAUGGGCACAAGGAGAUCAUCAGGCAGCUGCUGAAGGCUGGGAUUGAGAUCAACAAACAGACGAAGACGGGCACAGCCCUGCACGAGGCCGCGCUCUACGGCAAAACAGAGGUGGUGCGGUUGCUGCUGGAGGGCGGUGUUGAUGUGAACAUCAGGAACACCUACAACCAGACGGCGCUGGACAUCGUGAACCAGUUCACCACCUCGCACGCCAGCAAGGACAUCAAGCAGCUGCUGAGAGAGGCAUCAGGAAUCCUGAAGGUCCGAGCUUUGAAGGAUUUUUGGAACCUCCAUGACCCAACUGCUCUCAAUGUCCGGGCAGGAGACGUCAUCACGGUCCUGGAGCAGCAUCCAGACGGGCGGUGGAAGGGGCACAUCCACGACACUCAGAAAGGCACCGAUCGGGUUGGGUACUUCCCCCCCUCUAUCGCCGAAGUCAUCAGCAAGCGAACAGGCAUGGUUGUCCCCCGCGUGGCGCCCGCGCACCAGCGCCAGGGUCCCCCCGGGACCCUCCCAGCCCCCCCUGCUGGGCUGCAGCACCUCCCCGACGAGUGUCCUCACCAGGCAGCCCCGAGCAUCCCAGCCUAUGGCCACCUCACCCUAACCCGGACGGCCCCAGGCCCUGACAGCUCAGCAGGAGACAGGAACAGCGUGGGCAGCGAGGGCAGCAUCGGCAGCAUCCGCAGCGCCGGCAGCGGCCAGAGCACCGAGGGCACCAACGGGCAGAGCACCAGCAUCCUCAUUGAGAACGCCAGGCCACUGCCCUCCACUGGUGAUGACCUCCAGCAGCAUCUUUUGGGAUCAGAGCCACACAAUGGACAGUUGAACUCCACAGCAGGGCCACAGGGCCACCAGCCUCCAGGUAGCUGCCCCCCUGGAGACAGAGUGUUCUCCCACCAGUUUGUGCGGCCUGAGCAGCUCCUCGAGGGGAAGGAUGCAGAAGCCAUUUUUAACUGGCUGAGCGAGUUCCAGCUGGAGUCCUACACUGCCAACUUCCUCAAUGCUGGCUACGAUGUCCCCACCAUCAGCCGCAUGACCCCAGAGGAUCUGACAGCCAUUGGUGUGACCAAACCAGGCCACCGGAAGAAGAUCUCCACUGAGAUUGGGCAGCUCAGCAUUGCCGAGUGGCUGCCCAACUACAUCCCGGCUGACCUGAUGGACUGGCUCAGUGCCAUUGGAUUGCCUCAGUACCACAAAAAGCUGGUGAACAAUGGCUAUGACUCCAUCACCAUCGUGACAGACCUGACAUGGGAGGAUCUGCAGGAGAUCGGCAUCAACAAGCUGGGACACCAGAAGAAGAUCAUGUUGGCUGUCAAGAAGCUCAGAGACCUUCGCAAAAGCCUCAACCAAGCAGAAGCAACUUUGGCAAGACGCAAAGUCCCCGGCGCUCUGGACAUUGUCACCAUUGAGUCGCUGGAAAAUGGGGAGUGCCAAUCCCCUCACACCCCCAAAAUGACAACCUUCCAGGACAGCGAGCUCAGCUACGAGCUCCAAACAGCCAUGUCCAACAGCUGCCAUGAGACACUUGGCAUCAAGAGCAGCCAGGGGAUGUCACGGAGCCAGGAGAGCAUCGGGGUGCGUUCUCGGGGCUCCGGGCACUCGCAGGACAACGUGCUGUCCCGGCACCUCUCCAGCCCCUCGCAGGAGAGCCUGGGCAGUGGGGAGAGCAGCAGCAGCAGCGGGCAGUCCUGCGCGCCGCCCCGCAGCAGGGAGAGCCCGGCCAGCCUGCCAGGGCGGCCCAGUCCUGAGCCCUACGGGAAGCUCGUCUCCCCCGAGGGGCUGAAUGGCUACGCCAGUGGCGGCGGGGGCAGCCCCCUCAAGGAGAGGAACCUGCCCGAAGGCACGGAUCAGUACACCCGGCCAGUGGCUCAGAAAAGUGCUGGGACACCAGCGGUCACCCCCUGUAGCCCUCCCCAGACCCCCAGCAAAGCAACGGCGCCGUACGUCUUCAUGUAUCCACACGUCUCCUUGAAAUCCCCGACAGCCCCAUCCCUCCUGGGAGCAGAGCAGCCCAAGGCCCUGGCACACCCGUACCCCUCCGUCUCCCCCGGGCAGAAGAGCAGCCUGCAGACCUCAGCCCAAAAAGCCUUUUCCUACCUGCACAGCCAGUGUGGCCCCACAGAGCCACCCUCCCUGCCACCCACAGCUGGGGCAGCCCCGGGCACCUGGCAGGGUGGGGAGCAGCAGAACGGGGGCGAAGGCUUCAAGUACAAGAAGCGUUCACACAGCCUGAACCGCUACGCGCUGUCAGACGGGGAGCACGAGGAGGAGGAGGGGGUGCCCACCAGCACCCUGGGCUCCUACGCCACCCUGACCCGGCGGCCGGGCCGCAGCCAGAUGCCGCGGGCCUGUCUGCAGACGGACGCCAAGGUGACCCGCAGCCAGUCCUUCGCCAUCCGGGCCAAGCGCAAGGGCCCUCCGCCCCCGCCUCCCAAGCGCCUCAGCUCCGUCUCCAGUGCCCUCAGUGCCGAGGCAGGCAGCGAGCAGCCCCCCGACCCCGAGCAGCAGCCUGCAGCCCCCCAGGAUGUGGCUGACACGGGUGUCAGCCCCGGUGACACCGGCCGCGGCAGGACAGUGAAGAGCCUGGCAGCUGCGCUGGAGGGGACACCGGGAGCGAGUCCACCCAAACCCCUCCUGGCCCCAAAACCAUUGAUUGUGGCUCAGGACUGUCUCCCCAGGGCAGAGGUGGACAAUGAGUCCUGUCACGGUGGUGACACCAGCUGCGCCACGCUUUCCGAUGCCAACAGGGACCCCUUUGGGAGCAGCAAGCCACGGAGACGGACAUUCAGUGAGCCCAGUGCUCCCAUGACAGAGGUGGCUGCACAGGGCGAGCGGGAGGACGCCUGCUCAGACACGGAGGAGGAGGCUAAGCCAGGAGUCUCCUCAUCAUCAUCCCAGAACAGCUCCAGUGAGUGCAUCCCCUUUGCAGAAGAAGGCAACUUAACUAUCAAACAGCGGCCGAAGCCCACCGGGCACCCCAAGGCUGAGGUGGCUGUGCCAGAGACAGAGCCUGGUUCUCAGCCGGCAGAGCCCCCCUGCUCCAGCGGGAAGGAGCCGGCAGCUCCCAGUGCUGCUAGGGAGCCGCCUGUGCUGGAGUUCAACCUCACAGAGUCGGACACAGUGAAGCGCCGGCCCCGCUUCAAGGAGCGGGAGCCGCUGCAGGCGGUGCUGAAGGCGUUCAGCAUGGCAGGGCAGGCCGAGGGGGGGGCCAGCCCCGCACCCCAGUACGCCCAGGCCCAAGCCGUGAGCAUCGCCGGACCCCCCGUGCCAGCAUCAGCACCGCGGGCCGGGCUGGCCGGGGAUGCCUUUGAUGAUGAUAGGGUGGAGUUCAGGAUUGCUGAGAUAGAGAAAAGCAUCUUAUCGCUGGAGAAGGGGAUCAAGAAGGCCCCGAGCCCCACCAAAGCCCCCAGCCCUGUGGAGCUGCUCGGCACUGCUGUGGUGAGGACACCUGCUCCAGAUGUCCCUGCCAAGCACACCUCCGUGGCAUCCACCAAACUAGUCUUCUCGGGGCCUAAGACCAUCUACCAGCAGGUCCUGGCACCCUCCCGCCACGCUGUGGCUCCCUGGGCAGCUGCCGAGGCAGUGCCAGAUGUGAUCGGGUCGCUGGCGGGUCCUGGCAGCAAGGUGACAGCAAAGCCUGUGGCAGCUGCCCCGGCGGCUGCCCUGGCCCAGCAGCGGCUGGAACAGACCAACUCCACCCUGGCUGCCACGCUGCAGGCGGCCGAGAAGAGGAUCACGGUGGAGGAGGUGGAGAGCCCCCCUGGGGCCGUGCACUCGGCCAAGAACAUCCUGGAAGACAUCAGCAACAUGUUCGACGACCUGGCUGACCAGCUGGACGCGAUGCUGGACUGAAACUUGCUCCCUCCUUCCCCUCCCUGCUUCCAAUUGCUCUGACACUGCCCCUCAUGAUGGAGGGAGAGUGGAUCCAGCACCGAGUGAUGUCUCCAGGUCUCUCCAGCCACCUCCCUCCCCACACUUUUGCACUGUGGCUGGUAACUCAGCUGCCCCUCCUCGCUCACCCCCAGCUCCCUAUCACACGUCCCCGUGUGGCCAUGGGCUGGUUUCUGAGGGGUUCAGACAUUUCCCACCAGGCUGGCAGCAGGAGGGGAGCCCAGAGGGGCUGCACAUACUGUCCUGGAGGCCACAGAGAAGCCCUCGCUCCCUUGCACAGAGCCGAGGAGCCUCCACAAGGGACCUUUCUCUUUCCCCACUGCAUUGCUGAGUCCUGCCUCUUAUUAUUUAUCCCCUGCCAACAAUGUGUCAAAGGAGAGACCUCCCCGGGCAGCCGCCACCGAGCUGGCUCUUUACUGAGCAGAUCCCAGCCCCGGCAAGGCCUGACAGCAGCUAAAAGAAGACGGGGCUUGUCGCGAUUUGGCAGCUUGCAGAGCGAGGAGGAACCUUCCUGCUUUGUUUGUUGCUUUUCCAAACGCAUCAGCGUCAGGCAGCGUGUAAUCCGAGCGGAUCGAAAUCCCCCCGGUGGGACCCACAAGCCCCUGGAGACGGGCCUGACACAGCCUGGGAAGCAGCGGAUGCUCCGCAGACCGGGAGGUCACCUGCCCCUUCCCCGGAGCCACGAGGAUGAUGAUGGCAGCGCCGAAGGCCUGUGCGGUUUGUGCCAGAGCCCCCCGCUCCAUGGAGGCUGCCGGCACCGGCACCCCGCUGCUCUGCGCUUUGUUUCCUUUUUCCUCCCCCUUUUUUAUUCUUCUCCCCUACCCCUUUUUUUUUUUUUUGGGAGGGGAGAAAAUGGUCCCUUUUCCCCCUCCCCAUCCCCGCAGGGAUCUGCUGGCGCCAAGUACCCCCUGAGCGUUUGUGCAGCAGCAGCAGCAGCAGCAGCAGCAGCAGCAGCGUUUGGGGCUCUGUGCUGGUUCCUGGGGGCACUAAACGACCCUGCCCGCCCGGGGUGAGCCCGGCGCGGCUGCAGCUCCCGGGCCCGCAGGCUGGAUGCGCUCCCAGCCCCGUGGCCGCAACAGGGAACAGCAGCUCAUCGCAUCCCAGCGGGUGAGGAACGGCUGCACAGCUCGAAGACAGAUUUCUCUAGCGGGAUCUGUUUUAGGAGUGCAUGUCUAAAUAUGUCCAAGAGCCCCGAAACUUGGCGUGCGCUCGGCGUGCCGAGCAAAUGAAAGCAUCGGGAGCAGCAGAAGGGAACUGAAGAUUGUAUUCAAGUGCCAUUUGCUACAAAAAUUCCAAACAAAGAGGAAAAAAAAAUAAUCCACGUAUUUCCUCCCCCUCUUUUUAAAAAAAUCACCAACAGAAAACCCAACUGGAAAGGGAGAAGGAGGCUGAAGAGGCAGUUGCUUCCCAGUCUUUUUAGGAGUUCACGAUGGAAUCGGAGUCUGCAGCCCCUUGUCCACUUGCAUGGAGAGGGGAGCAGAGCCCACCUGGACCAUCCCGAGGGUCUCUGCUCACCAGGGGCACUUGUGCCAUGGGCUGUCCAGGUGGGAGGUGCCUGCCUGCCUUCUAGGCUGAAAAGCAAAGACAAAAAAAGCCCCCAAAAGAGUAAAAAAUCCUGUAUCGUGGGCUGGGACUUGACAGCAGUUUGAGGUGGUUGAGACACUUCUCUCCUGGUGAGUUGGUUGUUCUGAUUUAUCCAUCACAUGGAGUGUGUGUGACUGUGUCUGACAGGCAAGUGCUACGUCGUGGACCCAAUUGUUUUCAAGUAGCUACAACCAGUGGCACUUUAUCAAAAGGUUUGCAGAAACCUUUUAAAAAAUGAUUUUUAUUCUCACAAGUCAACCUGGGGUGAGCCCAGCUAUUUUUUUUCCCAAUGUUGAUAAACUGUAAAUGUUUUUGUUGUUUUUUUUUAAAAAAAGGCCAAUGUAUAUAUUUUAAAUGUGAUUUAUUAUAUAUAUUUACUAACCAGAACUGCAAGUCUUGUACUCUAGGGUCAGGGAUAAGAGGACACUGGGGUGGAGCUGUCGCUGUCUGAGCCACCUGAGGGCAGCACCACGCUGCUCUCAUUGUCAAUAAGGGAAUUAAACAUUGAUUUUGCAGAAGAAUGCCUAUUUUUUAAGCUCUAGAUCUCUAUUUUGAAGCUACUGUAUGGUGUGUAAGUUAUGUACACUGCAACUGGGACUAACUGACCCCAGCUGCACCUGCUCCGUGCAGCAAGACAGUGAGGGGAAAAAACAGCCCGUGUAAUCACCAGACUGACAACAGAUUUUAAACCAUCUGCUCUGUUUGUGUUAAUCAUGUGUUUUGUUUUCCACUAACACCCAUUAAGACUAAAUUCUAUUAAACAGUGGGGCAUAUUUUACCCUUUUGAUA